AUGGUUUCAAUUCCUGAGUCAUUAUCAGAAAGUGAAAUGACAAAUGUUAAUCUAAAUUUAUCAUUACCAAAAAGACAUAAAAGAAGUAGUAUUAUUAUUGAUGAACAAAUUGAUUUUGAAGGGACGACAGAAAUUACAACUAUUUCUAAUGAUGAUAUAGUUCCAUCAUCACCUCUAUCUGUUACAAGUGUUAAUUUUAAUGAAAAUGUUGUGACGUUAGCUGAUAAUAUUGAAAAACAAUCAAAAUUAUCAUCCAGUAUGACAACAAUAUUUUUUGGUAAAGAAAAUUUUAUGGAAAAUAAUGAUGCAAUAGCUUAUAUUUCCCGAAUGUUUUCUGGUAUCUAUUGUUUGGCAUUAAUAAUUUUUGCUUUUGCUUUUGAAAUAACACAUUUACAAGUAGAAACAUACUGGAUAACUCCAGAUAUCUUUGGUACAUGUAUCUAUUCAACAGCUAUUUUAAUUCUAAUUUUUAUUGACUUUUUUGUAAUUUAUCCUGAAUAUUAUAAUUAUAUUAUAAUUAAUUGUAUUUCAAAAAUUUUCAAGCUAUCUUCUAAAAUACAACAAAAAUUAACAUUAAAUAAAGCAUCACAUAAUGGUGAAGGUUGUGGAAGUUUUUACCUACGUCUUGGGGCAAUUUUUUUUGGAACACUUUCUGUUGUAUUUUUUGGUAUUGAAAUAUAUAUGUGUUCAUUGGAUAAUGAAUGUACAAAAAUUGAAAUGGCUAAUGCUAUUUUAGCUAUGAUUUUUAUUUUUCUUCAAACUCAUUACAUUUUUUGUAAUAGUAAAGUUUCAUAUGGAUCAACUGGAAAAUUACAAUGGAUUAUUAAAAUUGGAAUCAUGCAUUUAUUAGCUGUUAAUUUAUGGACAUGGUGGAAGUUUGUCUUAGCUAAACAGUCAUCUUCAAGCACAGCAAGUACUUUAAAAAAUGUUAUAUAUCAAGGAAAAAAUUCUCAUUUAAUGUUAUUAGAUUCUACUAAUAUAUCUAAACAGACAAUACCAUUUGAUUUUUCAACAACAUCUAAAUAUGGUCUUAUUGAUAGUAGUAGUAGCAGUAAUAGUAUAGAAGAUGAUUACAAUGAAUAUAUAAAUUUUCAAGAUAGAAAUAUAAUUUCAUCUAAUGUUAGAAUUGUUAAAGAAGCACCUAUAACUCAAGCAAUAGUUAAUAUAACAGGAAAUCAAAAUGGUAAAAAAAACUGGCUUUUUGAUCAACAUACAACAGCUCAUUAUGAUAUUUUUUAUGAUGUUAUAACAAUUCUUAUAACAUGUGUAGUAGAAUAUUCUGUUAUAGGAGCAGCUAUAAUGUUUGUAACAUGGCUUGAAUUUGAACAUUUAGAAUCUCACUCAGAACAUUCACUUGAAAAUGAUGGUACUUUUAGAAAAAAACGUAAAUCACAUAUAAAAAUUGAUUGUAGUAAUUCAUUUGCUGGUUUAUUUUUUGGAAUUAUUUUUUUUUCAGCAUGUUUAAUAACAAUAGGAAUAUACUAUUUAUAUUAUUCAUUAGGUAAUGCUAUUGAAGCAACAAAAAUAUUUCGAAUAACAGAUUUAUGUUUAAUUUCUGUUAUAACAUUAAUGACUAUAUAUGGUUUAUAUUCAAUGAGAAAAUUACAAUAUUCAUUUCAUGGAAAAACAUUAGCUGGUAUAAUUGAUGAUAUACUUUUAAUUGUUGGAUUAUUAGGAGAAUUAAUAUAUUGUUGUUUGGCAUUUCUUCUUAUUUCUACAACAAAUGAUAAAGAAAUAGCAGAUAUUGGUGGAUUAAGAUAUAGAAAUAUUAUGAUAGCUACAUAUUUAAUAAGAAUAAUUCAAUCAUUAGUUCAAGUAUUGUAUCUUUUUAUAGCAUCAAGAUUAAAAAUGAAAAGUACAGAAAGUAAAAUGUUGAAACCUGGUAAACAAAUGAUGACUUUUAUGUUAUUAGCAAAUGUAGCAUUAUUUAUUUAUGGUACAUUAGAAGGAAUGAAAUCAAUGAUAACAACAAGUGUACUUUUUAAUAUUGGAGCAUUUAAAAGUAUUAUGUAUGCAGUAUCACCAUUAGUUGUAUUCUUUAGAUUUCAUAGUAGUGUUAUUUUUGCUGAAUUAUGGAAACAUUGUUAUUCUGCAAAAGUUCAUAAUCAUGGAAGUACUACAAGACAUAACAGUUCAAGAAGAGUCAGUUAUGCUCAUGAUGCUUUAUGA